CCUAGUAAUCGGCCAACGCAGACGUUGUACAAGUCUCCAAGUGCGAAUAUAUUUUCAUUAAAUUAAUGUAGCUUCCUCAAUUGAUAUUUUUUUACAGAAGAAAACGAAAUAAAGAACAACAAAAAAAAAAAAAGAAAACGAAAGGGGAACAAAAUCGAAUUGCGCGCAAACGUACGAUAUAAAAGGAUACAUGCAAAAAACAGAAAAAAAUAAAAUAAAAAAGUAUCAAAAAUUUUCAUAACUGUAAUUAAGAUAAUACUUGUCAAGUAAUAAGCUGCACGUUAAAAGACAGUGCUUAUUUAACGAGUGUUCAUUGUGAAUAAAAAAAAUAAAAAAAAAGGAUACGAAACUGUUCCAUUUCUUUUGAUUUUUUUUUUGUUUGUUUCUUUAAGUGAAUGAAAAUCAUUAUUUUUAUUUCUUCGUUUUAUCUUCUUUUAAUUAGUGCAUUUUCAGUGAAGUUUUUUAUCAUCAAGGAAAAUACGAUAAAAGGAAUACAUCAAAGGUUUCCGUCUGAUCAUUUCAAACCCAAACUACUGCGAAUCGAUCGAUAACCUCUCCAAACAUAUUACUACGAUAUCGUAGAUAAAAGUUUCCCUAAAAAAUCAAAUCAGAGACAGGUGUAUGAUAUCUCUCAAUCAGUUGAUGAUUCGAGAUGCAUCGGAUAUAUGGAGACUGAGAAAACGUGGGAAAAUAUUGUAGACGUUCGUAUACGAAAUAGGAUCUCAUUCAAGGGCACCACGAUACAUUUUUCUUCGAAAAAUAUGUCUGAAGUUCAUCCACUUGUCUGUUCAUCCACUGUCAAAUCAGACGAAACGAUGUCUGGCAUCGAUCCUCGUAACAUCGUUAAUCUCGAGGUGGGGUUACCCGGGGACACCUGGUGGUAUCGUGUAGAGAGGGAACGAUUGGCCAAAAAAUCUGAAUGGUUUCGUGCAAUGCUUAUGGGACCCUUAGCACCAGAACGAACAGAUCCUCCCCCACUUGUAACCAUAAAACAUAUUGAAAAACGAGCCUUCGAUCAUUUUCUCAGAUAUCUCAACGACGAACCUAUUAUCUUUCAAUCAGUAUCAACUGCCAGAGCCACGCUUGACGUAGCACAUCAAUAUCUCUGUUCAGAUCUCGCACGUUUAGCUAUUAAUUAUCUCGAAGAGAAUUUAAAUUCCUCAAACGUUCUCGAAGUUUAUGAAAAUCUUUAUCUAUAUGCAAAUCCACUUUCAUUUUCUACAAUUGAAGAUAAGAAUAACGAAUCAUCUAAUAAACCUUCUGCUCCACCCGCGCCCAAUGACGAAGCUGGUGAAAUAGCUGCAGCUUGUACGGUACUUCUUUCACGAUGUUUGGACAUAAUCGAUGCUAAUCCUUCAACUAUACUUACUCAAGAACGUUUCGAAGAAUUGAAUGCCAAAGAAAUUGAACAAAUUGCGUGUCGUGAUACAUUGAGAUUACCUAACGAAGUGAUUCUAUUUUCUGCACUAAAUAAAUGGGCUGCAUCGAAUUGUAGAAAACGUGGUGUCGAACCUACUUCUUCAAAUAAAAGGGCUGCCCUAUCUGACGAAGUGUGGUAUUCCGUAAGAUAUUUACUUAUGACCGAUAAGGAAUUUAUUGACGGUCCCAUGGCUAAUGGUAUUUUAUCUAGCGAAGAGUCAGCUUUUAUUUUUGCCAAAAUUCUUGGACACCCUAGUAAAGGAGAGGCAAAUAUUUCAAGAAGCAGCCCUCUUUGGAGGUUAACCAACAAACCAAGAAGUGGAACAAUAACGUGCCAUAAACAAGAUUGUAGCAUGUUAAAAUCAGGUAAGAAGGAACGUCAGGAUAAUAGAAAAAAUCGACGAAAAGAGUGUGCUAGUCAAGCGUGUUCCAGAAUUUGUACCUGUUUCGUACGUGUUUUAGCAUGUGUAUUCGAGUAAAUAGUAAAAAUUGAAAAUAAGCUUCCACGCUUUAUUACUACAACUUUCAUCAGAAGAACAAAAAACAAACCAAAUAAAAAAGAACAAUAUUCAAUUGCACUUUUGCUAAUUUUCAAAUAUAUUGAUAAGUUAUAUGUAUAUAUAUAUAAGAUUUCUAAGAAAUCAUAGCAAUCGAAAACAACGAAAAACGAAAUAUUUAGAUCUCAUUAAAUGAAUUUUUGAUUUUCGAUAUUCCUUACAGUGCCAUCGAAUAUUAUAAAGAAAAGAAAACAAAAAAAUAGAUUUUAUGUAUUUGUGUGACAAGAUUUUUUAUGACUUUCGUUAACACCAAUCGUAUUAUUCGAUAACUAUAUUUAAUUAUUUAA